AUGGCCUCGAUGCUACGCCGAGCCCCGACGCCCCGAUUUUCCAUCCGCGCCUUUCCCUCAGGGCCCCGAGGCUUUGGCGGGGAUCCCGGGGGCCUUUCCGGCCUGCGCACGCCGUGGCGCCCGUACUUCGUGUGCUUUCAGCCGACCCCGAACGAGGCGUGUUAUAAAUUCGACGUCGAGGGGGUUUUGUUUCGCCCUGCCGGCAGCCCGACGCUGCGGUUUGAUCGCGCGAGCGACUACCAAUCCCCCCUGGCCCGCGCGAUCCUGGCGGCCCUGCCGAUGGUGGAGGAGGUCACCGUGGGGGCGAGUUUCGUCACCGUCAAGCGGGUCGAGCCCGCGAACGCCGCGGCGGCCGCGCGCUACUUCGCGAUGCACUUCAACGGGACGAUGCCCGGGGGAUUCGGCCCCAGGGAGGCCCCCAACCCCGUCCAAGCGGGCAAUGAAGAGGAAUCCUUCGAGCUCGGGGGGGUUCGCCUCGCCCCUGCGGACGACGAGCUCGACGAGGACGCGAUUCGGACCUGGAUCGAGGCCACCUGCUGGGCCGAGCUCAAACUCCACGUCUGCGCCCUCAUCACGGACCACCUGUACAGCGGCGAGCCCCACGUCGCCCCGGACGCCCCGCACCCCCAUCUCGACACCCUUCCCCAGGACGGCGACGGCGAGGUUGUUCUGAUGAUCAAAGAACUCAUCGCCACGACGAUCCGCCCUCAGCUCCAGAAGGACGGCGGGGAUAUCCGCUUCAUUCGCUUUGACGAGCCCACCGGAGGGAUGGUGGUGGAGCUGCUGGGGGCCUGCCGGACCUGCCGGAGCGGCCCCACCGCGCUCGUCGAGCUCAUCGAGCGGACGACGUUCCAUUGGAUCCCGGAGGUCAAGGCGGUCUCGGAGAUCGGCCGCGAACCGACCGCCUUUGAGCGGUUCUACGAAGCCCCCGACGAGGACCAGGACGGCGCGCCCUCUACAAGUCUCCCCAUCGCCCUGGACCAGGUUAAGGUGCCGGUCUUGCGCCGACAACCCCCCCUGGCGCCCGAUUUGGCGAAGCAAAAAGUGGCCGUCUAA